GUAUGAUCGAGCGCCUUCGGAACGUUGUUCAUGAUUUUGCCCCCCCAAUCUGAAAAAUGGAUCGACGCCCCUGAAUGAACGUAGUAUUGUAUCAUUAUAUGAAUGGUGUAUUUUGUGAAUAAUUAUUUUAUAGUAGUUUUCAAAGUCAGCACUGCUGCUAUGAAUCGCGUGAUGCAGGUUAGACUGCCAGAGGCGUUCCACUUGUUACUUGUUUAUUUUGUUCGCUUUGCCAUUUCGAUAAAAUAACGUACCUGCACUUUGGCUCAGUAGCAUCAGUAGCAGGUCGAUGUUCAAAUCAAUUAGACUCGUUUGGUCGUCAACACUAUUCCACUGACUUGGAAGAGAGGGUGACCUGUUGGAAAAACGAGUUAAUACUGACUGGACAUCUGGAUUAUUGUUUGGUUUGGAUAAAUUAACUCUAGGGAUCAAAUAAAGGAACAUAUUUUCAGGUGGUGAUGACAGAAUUUUUUAUUUCCUUUCUCUAGAUACAACUCAACAGCAAAAUGACUUAGAUCCUCUUGCUGGUAUGGGUGGUGACAUGGAAAGUGAAAAGCCGGCUGAUGACAUGCAAACAAAUGGACCAACAGACUUGUACUCUGCCAUCUCACAUGCAGACACGAGAGCAAAUGAACCAGAGAAGAUCCGUUUAUGGAGAGAAGAACAGAAAAAUAUACUUGCAAAGAAAGAUGAAGAAGCUGACGAGCUUGAAUUAGAUUGGAAAGAGUCUGCUAAGAAGGAGAUUACAGAUUGGUAUGCCAGGCAAGCUGAGCAAUUAGUCAAAGCAAAAGCGUCAAAUAGGGCGGCUGAGGAAGCAUUCAUCGAGAAACGUGAUGAGGUAACACCGGGUCAGGAAUGGGAACGUAUCGCUGGUCACUGUGAUUUCAAUCCAAAGAACAACAAGAAUCUCAAGGACAUCACACGCUUUAGGUCAAUACUCCUUCACUUAAAGCAAUCAGGUGUUCAGCCCUCCAAAUAAAACAUAUCUAGUCUAGUCAAGAAAUAGCUGUCAACCUUCGUGGCAACUUUGUGUUUAUUAUUAUUCAGUGGAUCAUUUUUUUCCCUCUUUCCAAGAUUUAUUUCCUAGCAGACUGCCCAGGUCACACCCUAUAAGAUGAUCACAGGAACUUAAAAGAAUAUAGAUGUGAUUUAUAGGUUUUGCUUGUUCGGUUCUGAUAAUCUUUUCAGAAUAGCUGUAUCUGAUUUGUACAAAUAAGAUAAAACAGAUACACACCAAACCAUAGCAUUUCUCUAGUGCAAUUUAUAACUUGUCAGAAUUAGAUAGAGAUACAUGCUAACAAUUAAAAAAAAUAUAUAUUUAUCUAUACCAUUUUUUUUCUGAUAUGAUUUUUUCAGAAUAAGAUAUUAUUUUGUUUAGCUGUCACAUUAUUUAAAAGAUAACCAAAGAGUGUCCUGAUACUUUUCAUUCUUUUUUUAUUCAUUUACCCACAAAAAAUAACCGUUUUCUAGUCUUUCCAGGAUGAUAGGGGGUAUUUCAAUAUUAUUUACAAAUUAUUUUGGGGAUUUAUUUGUUGUGAUAUAUUGAAAUAGUUCCUUUUUUAUCACUCUGAGAUGAAUUAUGAUCCACUGAUCUAUGUAUAUUUUUAUAUUAUACAUUCAUUCCUUCUAAUUUGUUGUAAAAUAGUACAAUGAAUCAGUAAUCUUGACCAUUAUAUGGCAAAACUGUCUCUUUCUUAAAAUGACAAUUUUUUUAUCUUUAGCCGCCGAAUUGCUUUCGUAAAUUAGAUAAUCAUAAAACACCAACACCACCGUUUUGCCAUAUUAUGGUCAGUAGUGAUACAAGUCAAUUGAUUUUUUUUUCUUUUUAAAUGUCAGUGCUACUGUUUUGCAUAUUGUAUGUAGUUCAGAGACAUAUUACGAUAGAAUGUUUCUUGAAAUUCAAAUAUAGAGGUUUAUAGCUGUCUAUUAAUGUUUUAAAAAUGUAGAUGCAUGUUUAUCAAAAUCAAUUCCUACUCUUAGUUCAAAUCCUAAAGAUAAUUCAGAUGUUGCUAAUGUCAUGAAUUACAAUUUCAAAACAGAUGUGUGAGAACAAAAGUUCUACCGUAUUUAAAUGAUUUAAAUAAUAAUGAGUUUGGAGAAGAAGAGGAAUGGGACUGGGCUCAAACUUUUCAAUAAUUUAGCAUUCUGUAAUGCACUAAGACCUUCUUUUGUCAAAUGAUAAAUGAUAUUAAGAUAGUUAAAUGUCAAUGCAAUCUAUUAAAAAAAAAUAAUGGAAAUUUUAUUACUCAUAUAGAACUGUACCAUUAUGGUAAUGAAAACUGCCGCUCUUUGGUCGAGAGAUUGCAUGCAUACAACUACACAGACCAUAUAAUCAUGAUUUAUUUCUUAUCAAUGCAUGCAAGUAUAAAAAUGUUGCCCUGAUCUGAUGCAUUUUAAAACAUGGAUUAUUUCAAGACAUGUAGUCUUAAUGCUAGACAAGAUGGCAAAGUUGCACAUUGGAUGCCCACAGGCAAGGAAAAGUGUUCAUACAUUGUAUUUCAGAUUUGAUAUUAUUUUUUAACAUGUACUGUAGAUAAGAUGGAAAAUAUGCUGUUGAUUUCUGGUUGAGGAAAAUAAAUCACAAUAAUGUUCACUGGGUCUUACAUAGUCACAUCUGAUAUUUAAUGUUGUGAACUAUGAACAUACACUGAAAUUGUUCAAGCCCUAUAUCCCAGAGUCUAGUAUUCAAUACAGCUCAUACAUGCAUUACUGUACAAUUAAUGACCAAUAUUUGUUGAUAAAAUGUGACAUUGUAAAUCAUUUAUCAUGUACACUUUCUUUUUUAGCUUCAGUUAUUACACAAGUAAUGCAAGUGUUGGUAUACUUACAUGAAUAUUAAUUCUUGUAUGGAGAAUACCAAGAAUAAUAUUCAUUGAGUAUUGGGUAUCUUAGCUCAUGAAUAUUAAAUAGAUUGCAUUGAUUAUUCAUGAUUGUUUGGGACAGUGAUCAUGGUCAAAGACUGUAAUGUGUUUGUAUUUAUUUGAGAUUGCAUUGAAUAGAAAUGAAUCAUAUGA